AGAGUGCAGUCAAAAACAGGCCCUACCACUGCUAAAACCCACAAGAGAAGGGCUACUGAGCUAGCUUUUUGCAUCGCACUGCGCGCCCUGGUGCAGACCACGUACUUUGCCGCACCAUAAACUGCGUAAACACUGAGGCUGCAGUCUCUGCAGCACUUGCAGGAUUGCUCUGCCGCGAAGAUGAUGCAACGUCGCACUGCAGUACUCUGCACAGCCUGGUACGCCGUCGGCGCGUCAGCGCUCAGUAGUUCCCCGUGGUUCGACCUCGCCCCGCCGUCCGCGCCCGAGCGCGUCUCGACGCUCGCCGAAGCGCGGCCGCCGCACCGAAAAAUAGCGACGAUCAAACAAAAGGGAGACGACGGCUUCGCGGUGAGCGUCGACGGGAGGGCCGAGCUGCGCUUCCAGCGCGUCGAGGCGACCUGGGCGGCGUCGCUCGGCGCGGCGCUCUGGCCCUCGUCCCUGGCCCUCGCCGGCCUCGUCGAUAAAUUUGUAGAAGGAAGGAGCGUGCUCGAGCUCGGGUCCGGCCUGGGCCUCGGCGGCGCCGCGGCGGCGCAGGCGGGCGCCAAACGCGUCGUGUGCACGGACAUGGACGACGAGCUCGUGGAGAUGCUCUCGAGCACGGGUGAUGCGUAUCAGCUCGACUGGUGCGAUGAAGACACCUUUUUGGGAGAGAAAUUCGACUGCGUGAUCGGCGCCGACGUGGCCUACGAGGCGUCCGUCGUGCCGGAUCUGGUGAGGGCGACCCUCGCGCACGUGGCCGAUGACGGCGUCGCGCUCAUCGUGGGCGAGCGCAAGCGGCCGGCGAUGCGGGCGCUGCUCGAGGCGUUGCCCGCGGAUUUGACUCGUGCGCUGGACUACGACAUGGAGCGCGUCGUACUCGCGGAGCCGCCGCCGCCGCCGGAGAAUUUCGGCAUCGCCGUCCUCGCGUACGCGCCGUCGCGGGCGGCGCUCGACGGGUUGCUUGGUCGGUUGGAGGCGGAGGCUUCUUCCUCGUAAUGUUCCUGUUUCGUUU